AACAGGAGUCACAGCUCGGCCAUGAGGAAUCACACGCAAGUGACUGAGUUCAUCCUUCUAGGGCUCACGGACGACCCGGACUUGCAAGCGGUGAUUCUCCUCUACAUGUCUGUCACCUACGUUCUGAGCAUCACCGGCAACCUGACCAUCGUCACCCUCACCCUGCUGGACUCCCACCUCCACACCCCUAUGUACUUCUUCCUGCGCUGCUUCUCCUUCCUGGAGAUCUGCUUCACCUCCGCCUGCAUUCCCAGAUUCCUGGCUACCAUUGUCACCGGGGAUAGGACGAUUUCCUACAACUGCUGUGCAACUCAGCUAUUUUUCGUCAUCCUCUUGGGAGUGACUGAGUUCUUCCUCUUGGCCGUCAUGUCCUACGACCGCUACAUCGCCAUCUGCCGGCCUCUGCACUACACGACCGCCAUGAGCCAGAGUGUCUGCAAACGACUGGUCCUCUGCUCCUGGCUAACCGGGUUCCUGGUCAUCUUUCCUCCUCUUGUCCUUGGCCUCCAAUUGGACUUCUGUGGCCCGGUAGAUAUUGACCAUUUCUUUUGUGACAUCUCCCCUUUGCUCAUGCUUUCCUGCUCGGACACCGAGUUCCUGGAGCUGAUGGCUUUCGUCUUGGCAGUGGGGACACUCCUGUUCACCUUGGCUUUAGUGGCUAUGUCCUACACGGCCAUCGCCCGCGCCAUUCUGAGACUGCCCUCCGCUCAGCAGAGGAAAAAGGCCUUUUCCACCUGCUCCUCCCACAUGGUCGUGGUCUCCAUCACGUACGUGAGCUGCAUCUUUAUGUACAUCAAACCGUCUGCCAAGGAUAGAGUGGACUUAAACAAGGGGGUGGCAGUUCUCUACACUUCUGUGGUCCCCAUGAUGAACCCCUUCAUCUACACCCUACGUAACCAGCAGGUCAAGCAGGCCGUCAGGGACCUGGUGCAUCGAGUUGAAUUUUCCACCAAGGGGGAACACCUAUUGUCACAUGAGCUGCAGCAGUGGGCAAAACAUAAGAAACCUCUGGGGCGACUCUUCGACGGGGCUCUGGUCAUUCUGAGCUCCCGAGAGGCUGAAUAA